GCUCCCAUAGUGGAGAAGGAAGGAGACAAAGCAGAGGGCGGCGCGGCCGAGAGUGCGCCGCAGGCCAAGGCAAAGGGCAAAGGUCCACCAGGGCCCGGCGGAAAGGGGAAGAAAGGGCCUCCACCUCCAGGCGCUGCCGCUGCUGCGGCAGAGGAGGCGCCAAAGGACGAAGCCAAAGAGGCCGCGGGCGAAGGCACC